UCACGCCUGCGCAGCUCCGGUUUAUUGCUAAGCUGCCGCCAUAGCAGUGUUGGUGGAUUCCACGAAUUUUCAGGCGCUGAAACGUCACACGGAGCUGUCGACCGGUCCUCUGCGUUAGCUGAAGUUAGAAUAACGUGUGGAGAGAGUAAUCUUGUGGACAGCGGUUUGUGUUGUUGGAAGAAAGGGCCUGUUUGUGAUGCGCUAACUGGGUGUGGAGCUAUGGGGAACUGCUUAGGUUGUGUGAAACAAACAGAAGGAGCUCCAACAGCCAACAACUUGCCAUCCCGGAAUAAGAAGCUAAUAGCUGAGGUUGAAGCUGGAUUGAGACAAUGGGUCGCAGACGGGUCGGUCGAGCAUGAACCUCCCAUCGUAGAGAUGGUGACGUUCGACCCCGCGUCGAGACAAGACCAAGUAGAGCUGAGCAAUGAAAAUAGGACUAUCGUGUAUGUGGGUAAAGGCUACAGCACGACACUAGUCAAGAUGCCGAAUGGACUAGCGCACGGCUUCACAACCGGCCGACACGCGUGGAGUAUCCGCGUCGACGUGUCUCGCUGUCGGAGUUGGAUGCAGAUCGGCGUCGUGACGAACAAGCGUAAGAGCGAUGGCUGCCCGCAGAUUUUCGAUGGUAAGCCUCAUCCGUUUCGUCAGGGCGAGAUCGCUCUGCGCAGUGAUGGCAACAUGGUGACGGGACGGCGAGAGAUUCCAGACACUAGAGGGUCAGAGCGAGGCUAUGACACAGGGGAUAUCAUCUCAGUGAGACUAGACAUGGACCGGAAGACUAUCCAGUGGCAGAAGAACGGGCGUACGUUUCAAUCUGAACCGGAAUUCGAAUUUGAGGACGAUGAGGUGUAUCCUAGCGCUAGCUUGGAUAAUCCCAAGGAACAAGUGACGCUUCUAAAUUACUAUGGUAUGGCAUAACGACGAGCUUUUAACCUGUCCUUCUUACUUUAUCCCUGCCACGUUUUUUUCCACUGAACCGGAGUCAUCCGCCUGUUUUUCAGAAUAACAGAAGUGAUACAGAUUACUUUAGCAACGGAAUCAAAUGGUGGCCGACUGUUACUUGUACUUGACAUGUUCGCUAGGUGCACGCGUUUUUAUACCUUCGCUCUUUUGUCGUGCGUGGGUUCUACGGAGAAGUAGGCGUUGGUUUGGAGCCGUGGGCUAGACAGUGAACUCUGAAUAUAUGACAGUCUUGCUUUGCGCCUCUCAUACACACACCAGCGCAGGGGCCUUCUCCUCGAGCUGUUACAAUGUUUGUCUUGGAGGUGAAGUGUCCCCUAAUUUACACG